AUGCUUUCGAAAUCUGCUCGUGUGUCUAGAGCUAUCAAAAGGGUGCCUAUGCUGCGGGGCCACGUUCCCGUCGCAGUGGCGUUCCCUAGAACUUUGACUACUGUUGCAAAAUCUGGGUCAGUUGAUCCUGUCAUACCUUUGGUGCCCAGAAUGAAGGAGACUGGCUUGUCGCCAGGAUUCCAGGGUUUUCGUUCCUUCAGUUCAUCUGCUUCAAGAAGUAUGCAGAUGGAAAUGAAUAAGGAUGACGACCCAAAUGUGCCUGCCUUGGAGAAGUUUGGUACCAACCUUACAGACAUGGCUAAGGAGGGUAAGCUAGAUCCGGUUAUUGGACGUGAUGAAGAGAUCAGAAGAACGAUUCAGGUUCUUUCCAGAAGGACGAAAAAUAAUCCUGUCCUUAUCGGUAACGCCGGUACCGGUAAGACUGCUAUCAUGGAGGGUCUUGCGCAGAGAAUACUCAAAGGUGAAGUGCCUGAGCUGAUGAAAGAGAAGCAAAUCAUUACUUUGGACUUGGCUGGAAUCAUUUCAGGUGCUAAGUUCAGAGGUGAUUUUGAGAGCAAGCUUAAGAAAAUCUUGAAAGAAGUGGAAGACAAGAAGGGAUCUGUGAUUCUUUUUGUUGAUGAGCUCCAUCUUCUUAUGGGCCUUGGUAAAGCUGAAGGCUCUAUCGAUGCUUCCAACAUGCUUAAACCUGCCUUGGCAAGAGGAAAGCUUUCCCUUUGCGGUGCCACCACCAUCGAGGAAUAUAGAAAGUAUGUUGAGAAGGACGCUGCAUUGGCCAGAAGAUUCUCUGCGGUGAUGGUGAACGAGCCUACUGUUCAAGACUCCAUCUCGAUUCUUCGUGGCCUUAAAGAACGUUACGAGGUGCAUCACGGUGUACGUAUCACUGACGGUGCUCUUGUGACUGCUGCAUUGUACUCCAACAGAUACAUUACCGACAGGUUCCUUCCUGAUAAGGCUAUUGAUUUGGUCGAUGAGGCAUGUUCUACUUUGCGUUUGCAACAUGAAUCGCGUCCUGAUGCAAUCACUCAGUUGGACAGACUGAUCAUGACAAUCCAGAUCGAGUUGGAGUCUCUUAGAAAGGAGGAAGACCAGUUGUCCGUGGACAGAACGAAGAAGCUUGAAGAAGAGCUUCAAGUAAAGGAGGCAGAACUCAAGGAGCUUACAGACAAGUGGGAAUCCGAAAAGAAGUCUAUUGAUGAUGUUAAGAAAGCCAAGGCUGAUUUGGAGCAGGCCAGAUUUGACUUGGAAGAGAGCCAGAGAGAAGGAAACUACGCCAAGGCUUCUGAGUUGCAAUACUCAACCAUCCCAAGAUUACAGGAGCUGGUCAAAGAACUCACUGAAUCUGAAGAUGUGGCCAAAUCGCUGUCUCUUCUCCAUGAUUCCGUUACUUCUGAUGAUAUUGCCGCUGUGAUUUCUAAGAUGACCGGCAUUCCUCUUAGUAACUUGAUGAAGGGUGAGAAGGACAAGUUGCUUGACAUGGAAAUAAUUCUCAAGCAACAUGUGGUCGGUCAGGACGAGGCUAUCCACUCUGUUUCCGAUGCGGUACGUUUGCAAAGAGCUGGCCUCACAAGUGACAAGAGACCAAUCGCAUCAUUCAUGUUCUUGGGACCUACUGGUACAGGUAAGACAGAGUUGACCAAACAACUUGCCGAGUUCUUGUUUAAUGACAAGAGCUCAGUGAUCAGAUUUGACAUGUCUGAGUUCCAGGAGAAGCAUACAGUUUCUCGUUUGAUCGGUUCUCCUCCAGGUUAUGUUGGAUACGAAGACAGUGGUGAAUUGACGGAAGCUGUGAGAAGAAAGCCAUAUUCUGUUAUUUUGUUUGAUGAAUUUGAAAAGGCCCAUAAGGAUGUUUCGAAGUUGCUUUUGCAAGUCCUUGACGAAGGUGCUUUGACCGACUCCCAUGGUAAGCAUAUUGAUUUCAGAAACACUAUUAUUGUGAUGACAUCCAAUAUUGGUCAGGAGAUCUUGCUUGCUGAUAAAGAGACCAACGAGGAUGGUUCCAUCAAGGGCUCUGUCAAAUCUGACAUCAUCGAGAUGUUGCGUCAUCACUACCCACCUGAGUUCUUGAACCGUUUGGAUGAAGUCUUGGUGUUUAACAGACUUUCUAAAGCAUCUUUGAAGAAUAUUCUCGAUAUCAGAUUGAGAGAGAUUGGUGACAGAUUGAGUGACAAGAGAAUGUACCUUCACCUUACUGAAGAUGUCAAGGAGUUCUUGGCUGAAAAGGGCUACGACCCAAUUUACGGCGCCAGACCUUUGAACAGAGUUCUACAGAAGGAUCUCUUGAACCCAUUAGCCAUGCUUAUGAUCAAGGGUCAGGUGAAGGAAGGAGACGAUGUGAAGGUGGAAAUGAAGGACAACAAGCUUCAUGUUGUACCUAACCACGCUGAAGAGGGUGAGACGGCCUAA